AUGCCAGUCUACAACAUGCCAGUCUACAACAUGGCAGUCUAUACCAUGGCAGUCUACAACAUUCCAGUCUACAACAUUCCAGUCUACAACAUGGCAGUCUACAACAUUCCAGUCUACAACAUUCCAGUCUACAACAUGGCAGUCUACAACAUUCCAGUCUACAACAUGCCAGUCUACAACAUGCCAGUCUACAACAUUCCAGUCUACAAUACGCCAGUCUACAACAUUCCAGUCUACAACAUGGCAGUCUAUACCAUGCCAGUCUACAACAUGCCAGUCUACAACAUGCCAGUCUACAACAUGCCAGUCUACAACAUGCCAGUCUACAACAUGGCAGUCUACAACAUGGCAGUCUACAACAUGGCAGUCUACAACAUGCCAGUCUACAACAUGGCAGUCUACAACAUGGCAGUCUACAACAUGGCAGUCUACAACAUUCCAGUCUACAACAUGCCAGUCUACAACAUGCCAGUCUACAACAUUCCAGUCUACAACAUGGCAGUCUACAACAUGGCAGUCUACAACAUGGCAGUCUACAACAUGGCAGUCUACAACAUGGCAGUCUACAACAUGCCAGUCUAA